CAUUUGCUGCAGAACAUUGAGACCACCAUCCAACCAUAUGCUGCUCGAAUCUUUAUGACUUCCACACUCAUUGAAGGUUUGAUACCAGCGUUUUGUGGUGUCUUUAUCGGAGCUUGGUCGGAUCAUUUUGGACGCAAACCACUUUUGGUCACAGGAUAUAGCGGUUAUGCUCUAUAUUAUGCCAUAGCAGCCAUAAUUUCGCGACUCUCAACUUCUCGCCUCGUUAGUCCGUGGUAUUAUUUAUUAGCAGUGCUGCCACUUUCGUUGGUCGGAGGUAGUGUUACAUACUCAGUGGCUACCUUUUGUUAUAUUUCUGAUGUGUCUAGUGCGCAGGAGCGACCAUAUCGCAUGGCAACAUAUGAAGCUGCACUUUUCACAGGCCUCAUGACCGGAUCAUUCGUAGCAGGCUUUCUUUACGAAGCCUCCAAUGCGACAUUUGUUUUUCUAACAUCGUGCAUUUGCAUUUUUGUUGCCGUUUGUAUAAUAGUAUUCUUCAUUCCGGAGAGUCUACAUAGACGACGCUUUGAUUUCACUCAUAAUGUUUUCGUAAAUCAAACAUCAGAAAUUGGAGAGGAAGAUCAGCAGCCACAGGCUGUAGGUGAGUCGCACCAACAAAGGAAAUUAUUCAAUUUCGCAGCGGUAAUGGAAAUGUGGGAAACUUGUUUCAAGCCACGCGAACGUAACGAUCGCGCCAUCAUUUGGCUAGCGGCGAUUGCCCAUCUGAUAUCGGUUUUUGUGUUGGAUGGUUCUAUGACAGUUUUUUAUUUGUUCGCACGCGAGACAUUCCAUUGGACGAUUAAGGAGUUUAACACUUUCGAUACAAUCAAUAUAUUCGUGUCGCUGUUGGGCAACAUCUUGGGUGUAAUUAUUUUAAGAAGAUUACUCAAGUUAUCCAUUGUCUAUCUGGGUAUUUUUGCAUUCCUCAGUGAGUCAGCUGGCUCGUUGAUCAGGGCAUUUGCUAACACAAACUGGCUAAUGUAUUUAUCCGUCGGAAUCAGCGCACCGAGAUCGAUGGCUCAUCCGAUGUGUCGAACUAUUGCAUCGAAUGUUUUGCCUGCUAACGAACUGGGUAAGAAUUUGCAGUAA